AACGAUUCACUUUUCUCUCAAUUUCCAGAGCAAAAGAAAAAAAUGGAUUCUUUUUCAUAUUCUUCGAUGAAAUCCAUGCUGAUUCAAGCUCGUGGCUCGUUAAACUCGCGUUUGUCUGAGUUUGAGCCUCUGGUUCUGCUUUUGGCUCCGCUUCUCACUCUGUUUCUCGCUCAGAUUAUCGGAUCUGUGUUUGGCGUUGUUCAUGAGAAAGGCCUCAAAGCGUGUGUUAUUGGGUUUAUCAUGGGAUUCCUCAAAAUGAUUCCUGGAGUUCAAAAUUACAUUGAUGCUGAGAAACAAAAGGUUGUUGAUCAAUUACAAUCUGGUAGCAGCUCUAAGAAAAAGAAUAGGGCUGAAGUAUUGCCAGUAAAAGGUCUGGGAGUUGAAGUUCUAGAGAAAAUGGAGAAUGAAAAAAGGAAUGAUGCUAUUUGGCAAGGAAAAUGCUCUGGCACUGUAUACAUAGGUGGAGCCGAGUCUGAAGGACAUUUUGCAUUGAUAAAUCAAGCAUGUUCAAUGUUUGCGCAUACCAAUCCGUUGCAUAUAGACGUAUUCCAGAGUGUGGUGCAGUUUGAGUCAGAAGUAGUCGCAAUGACUGCUGCAUUACUGGGGAGUAAAGAAACGGUUUCUGGAGGACAAAUAUGCGGAAACAUGACAUCUGGAGGAACAGAAAGUAUAGUGUUGGCUGUGAAGUCAUCUCGUGACUAUAUGAAGUACAAGAAGGGAAUCACACGGCCAGAAAUGAUUAUACCUGAAUCGGGUCAUUCGGCUUAUGAUAAGGCGGCCCAGUAUUUUAACAUCAAGUUGUGGCGAGUUCCAGUAGACAAAGACUUCCGAGCUGAUGUGAAGGCAACAAGGCGGCAUAUUAACAAAAACACCAUCAUGAUUGUUGGAUCAGCACCAGGAUUCCCUCAUGGCAUCAUCGAUCCUAUCGAGGAGCUUGGUCAACUGGCUCUUAGCUAUGGAAUAUGCUUUCAUGUUGACCUUUGCCUUGGUGGUUUUGUGUUACCUUUCGCUCGUAAACUUGGGUACCAGAUCCCAGCUUUUGAUUUUUCUGUACAAGGAGUUACUUCAAUUUCGGUGGAUGUGCAUAAAUAUGGUUUGGCUCCUAAAGGAACUAGUACAGUUCUCUACAGAAAUCAUGAGAUCAGAAAGCACCAAUUCGUUGCUGUAACUGAAUGGUCAGGAGGUCUAUACGUGUCUCCAACUAUAGCUGGGAGUAGGCCUGGUUCUUUGGUUGCUGGUGCUUGGGCUGCAAUGAUGUCUCUCGGCGAAGAAGGCUACCUACAAAACACAAGCAAGAUAAUGGAAGCAUCAAAGAGACUAGAGGAAGGAGUAAGAGAAAUCCAUGAACUAUUCGUCAUUGGAAAGCCAGAUAUGACAAUCGUGGCGUUUGGUUCUAUAGCAUUGGAUAUCUUUGAAGUUAAUGACAUCAUGUCUUCAAAAGGUUGGCAUUUGAAUGCACUACAGAGACCCAACAGCAUCCAUAUAUGUAUAACUCUUCAACACGUCCCUGUAGUCGAUGACUUCCUUCGGGAUCUGCGUGAAGCUGUAGAAACUGUAAAAGCAAGCCCAGGACCGAUCACUGGAGGCUUGGCUCCAAUAUAUGGAGCAGCGGGGAAGAUGCCGGACAGAGGCAUGGUUAAUGAGCUUCUGGUUAGUUUCAUGGACAGUCAAUAUUAAGGUUAAAGCAUCAUCAAGUGGGUAAACUGAUAUCACAUUUUC